AUGGAAAUCUCUCAGCUGGCAGAAUUAUUUAAGCAGAAAUACGCCCAACAGCAGCGCCAGACCAUUCGCAGGCUGCUCGCAGAGCGCCGGCCCAGCAGUCGUCCGUUUGGACAACAGCUCGCCGUGAUCAGCCGGCUCAUGGACAAGUACGCCGACGAAGAGGCCCAGAGCGCCGCCCUCGACGUGGUGCUGCAGUCGGGCGUGUACGAGCGGCUGGAGAACCACGCCGACGAGCCAGACUACACGGACCGGCUGGUCAGAGCGCUGCUGGAAUGGUACAAGAACGAUUUUUUCACGUGGAUUAAUCGGCCCCCUUGUCCCUGCGGCAACGCAGACCAGACAAAGAUACAGCCGCUCCCGCCGGUGGGGCCAUACAAAAAAGAGCACUUCGACGGCCGUGCGGACAUCAUUGAGCAGUACAGGUGCGCGGAGUGCUCCCAAACCAUCGAGUUCCCGCGCUACAACAACCCAAAGACGCUGCUCUCGUUCCGCAAAGGACGCUGCGGAGAGUGGAACAACUGCUUUAUUCUGAUCCUGUGCGCGCUCGGGCUCAAGGCGCGGUACAUUUGGAACGCAGAAGACCAUGUGUGGUGCGAAUACUACUCGCAGUACCUCAAACGGUGGGUCCAUCUCGACAGCUGCGAAAACCAGUUCGACAACCCGACGCUUUAUUGCGAUGGCUGGGGCAAAAAGAUGUCGUACGUGUUUGCCGUGAGUGCGACGUAUAUUGCGGACGUGUCGCCCAAAUACAUCAAAAAGGGCCAGUUGCCCAGAAACAGGCUCGGAGAAUACGAGCUGGCAGACACGCUAGCGUACAUUAAUCUGAGCAAAUGGAUCGGCAUGGACGACGACGACCUGCUUGCGACGCUGGCAGACUUCAUUAACGACUACAAGAGCCGGCGCGGGAGCCAACGUCCCACGCCCAGCGGGCCUCUCGUGCCGCGACAGAGCGGUGCUCCCGAAUGGAGGCGUUCUCGCGGCGAGGAUGGAUUACGUAAGCACUAA